AAAAUUCUGAGCUGCAUAGCUCUAGAAAGUGAAAUAUUCAUUCAGAAGAAGAGCAUAGACUCUCUUAAGAACACAUUUGGCUCUUCACCAUGCGGCUAGGAAAACCUAAAGGAGGAAUUUCUCGGAGCUCAAGCCAAGGAAGAGCCUAUGAGAGUCAGCGCAAAUCGGGCCGGCAGCGGCCAAAAUGGGGAGUGACUGUUCGAUUUGACUCAGGCUUGAGCAGACUGAGAAGAAGCUUGGAUGAGAAGCCUUACAAAUGUACUGAAUGCGAAAAGAGUUUCAGUCAGAGCUCAACUCUUUUUCAGCACCAGAAGAUCCAUACCGGAAAGAAAUCCCAUAAAUGUGCAGAUUGUGGGAAAAGUUUCUUUCAGAGUUCUAAUCUCAUUCAGCAUCGACGGAUCCAUACUGGUGAAAAGCCCUAUAAAUGUGAUGAGUGUGGAGAACGGUUUAAACAGAGCUCAAACCUCAUUCAGCACCAGAGAAUUCAUACUGGAGAAAAACCCUAUCAGUGCGAUGAAUGUGGCAGAUGUUUCAGCCAGAGUUCCCACCUCAUUCAGCAUCAGAGAACCCACACGGGGGAGAAACCCUACCAGUGCAGUGAAUGUGGCAAAUGCUUCAGCCAGAGUUCUCAUCUCAGGCAGCACAUGAAGGUGCACAAGGAAGAGAAGCCUCGUAAAACCCGGGGCAAAAAUAUUAGGGCAAAAACUCACUUAGUAUCAUCUUGGAAAGCUGGUAAAGGAAGGAAGUCAGUGGCUGGUCUCCGCUAAGUAAAAGGCACUGCUUCAGUUCUCUCUUAAAAAAAUAAGAAGCAUUUCUUUUAGAACUGGAGACACUUUAUAAAAAUUCUCUUAAAUACUGUAUCCUUUUCUAGCAUGGAGAGGUUGGGAGUUUAAUGAUAGUUGGCUGAGAGGAAUU